AUGAACGUUCUGGGGCAUUUUGGCCUGGUGCAGGAGAGGAUGGUGCAGGACUCUUAUCACAGAGCAGCAUUUCCAGUGGUUGAUGGUCCCCAGAAAAAGCCCGAUGGUGACCCACAACACCUUCUAUUUGACGGAAAACAGCAGAAGAGAAACGCUGGAACAAAAAGGAAGAGGGGGAAUGAAUGCUGUGUUUCUCAGGCUGCUGAAUCCCUGGUGUUUGAUACACACUGGAAAAUCCACACAGGGGAGAAAUCUGAUAAAUGCUUAGAGCAUAGCUUUGCUUGGAAGGGAGAACUUUCUGGCCAUCAACGUAUUCUCACUGGGGAGAAACCUUAUAAAUGCUUACAGUGUGGAAAGAGCUUUCUUCAGAGUUCAUGUCUUACUGUCCAUCAGCGUAUCCACACUGGGGAGAAACCUUAUAAAUGCUUGCAGUGUGGAAUGAGCUUUGUUCGGAAUUGCUAUCUUACUGUCCAUCGGCGUAUCCACACUGGGGAUAAAUCAUAUAAAUGUUUGCAGUGUGGAAAGAGCUGUUCUUCAAGUUCAGAGCUUACUGUCCAUCAGCGUAUCCACUCUGGUGAUAAACCUUAUAAAUGUUUGCUGUGUGGAAAGAGCUUUUUUUGCCGUUCAGAGCUUACUAAACAUCAGCGUAUUCACACUGGGGAGAAACCUUAUAAAUGCUUGCAGUGUAAAAAGGGCUUUGCUCAGAAUUCACAUCUUAUUGUUCAUCAGCGUAUCCACACUGGUGAGAAACCAUAUAAAUGCUUGGAGUGUGGAAAGAGCUUUGCUCAGAAUGGACACCUUACUAGACAUCAGUAUAUCCACACUGGGGAGAAACCUUAUAAAUGCUUGCAGUGUGAAAAGGGCUUUGCUGAGAGUUCAGAGCUUACUAGACAUCAGCGUAUCCACACUGGGGAGAAACCUUAUAAUUGCUUGCAGUGUGGAAAGAGCUUUCCUCGGGGUUCACAGCUUACUAUCCAUCAGCGUAUCCACACUGGGGAGAAGCCUUAUAAAUGCUUGGAGUGUGGAAAGAGCCUUGUUUGGCGUUCAGAGCUUACUAAACAUCAGCGUAUCCACACUGGUCAUAAACCUUAUAAAUGCUUGCAGUGUGGAAAGAGCUUUUUUUGGCGUUCGGAGCUUACUAAACAUCAGCGUAUCCACACAGGGGAGAAACCUUAUCAAUGCUUGCAGUGUGGAAAGAGCUUUGCUUGGUGUUCAGAGCUUACUAUCCAUCAGCGUAUCCACACAGGGGAGAAACCUUAUAAAUGCUUGCAGUGUGGAAAGAGCUUUAGCUUUGUUCAGAAUUCACAUCUUAUUGUCCAUCAACGUAUCCACACGGGGGAGAAACCUUAUAAAUGCUUGGAGUGUGGAAAGAGCUUUGCUCAGGGUGCACACCUUACUAUUCAUCAGCGUGUCCACACUGUGGAGAAACCUUAUAUAUGCUUGCAGCUCCCCUUUCACAUAUCCCCACUUCUGUUUCAGGUCCAGGAGAGGAUGGUGCAGGACUCUUAUCACAGAGCAGCUUUUCCAGGUGAUGCCAUAAAACCAAUGAUACCUUCUUUGCCAUCUCUUUGUGAUGGAGAAAAAGCGGCUUUUGUGCAGCCAGACCGGAAAGGCUUCUGCUUCUCCAACCUGAUUCCAUGUCCCAAGUGGAAGAAGCAGGAGAUCCACUUGUCCAUGACGCAGAAGAAACAGAGAGAUCAGCAGGUAUCUGCCUACUUGUGUGGUGGAAGCGGGUAG